AAACAGAAGCCGCAACGCCCCGCUCCAGGGCCAAGCCGAGAGCCCGGGGCACUGGGCGGGGUCAUUGCCAGCAGCCUGAGCCUGCGGCCGCGCGGGCGCAAACUUGUCGAGUAGGAGCCGAGGGAGCCGGCGGGAGCGGGGGCGCCUGCCGCGGCUGCCGGAGCCGAGGGGAGCCGAACGACAGAGUGCUGGCACCAGCUACCUAUCCAAUCUGCUGACGCGACAGGUACUUGGAACCAGGAAUCAUGUGGCUGGAAGUUCUCCUCGCCUCGGUGCUGGCCUUUGUCAUCUACCGGUUCAUGUCCCGGGAUAAGGAGGAAACCUUGACCCUUGAAGAUGGGUGGUGGGGACCGGGGACGAAGCCCACAGCCAGGGAGGACGAGAGUAUCCGCCCUUUCAAGGUGGAGACGUCGGACGAGGAGAUCAACGACUUGCACCAGAGGAUUGACAGGGCACGUCUGACCCCAUCCGUGGAGGACAGCCGCUUCCACUACGGGUUCAACUCCAACUAUCUGAAGAAAGUCCUGUCCUACUGGAGGAAUGAAUUUGACUGGAAGAAGCAGGUGGAGAUUCUGAACAGGUACCCUCACUUCAAGACUAAGAUUGAAGGGCUGGACAUCCACUUCAUCCACGUGAAGCCCCCACAGCUGCCCCCAGGCCGUACCCCAAAGCCCUUGCUGAUGUCACACGGCUGGCCUGGCUCCUUCUACGAGUUUUAUAAGAUCAUCCCAUUCCUGACUGACCCCAAGAACCACGGCCUGAGCGAUGAGCAUAUUUUUGAAGUCAUCUGUCCUUCCAUUCCCGGCUAUGGCUUCUCAGAGGCAUCCUCCAAGAAGGGCUUUAAUUCAGUGGCCACGGCCAGGAUCUUUUACAAGCUGAUGCUGCGGCUGGGCUUCAAGGAAUUCUAUCUCCAAGGCGGGGACUGGGGGGCCCUGAUCUGCACCAACAUUGCACAGAUGGUCCCCAGCCACGUGAAAGGCCUGCACCUGAACAUGGCUUUCUUUGUAAACAAUUCCCACUUCCUGUCCAUGCUGCUGGGGCGGCAUUUCCCGAGGCUGUUUGGCUUCACUGAGAGGGAUGUGGAGCUGAUGUAUCCCUUCAAGGAGAAGUUUCUGUACAACAUAAUGAGGGAGAGCGGCUACAUGCACAUCCAGGCCACCAAGCCGGACACCGUGGGCUGUGCUCUAAAUGACUCCCCCGUGGGACUGGCUGCCUAUAUUCUGGAGAAGUUUUCUACCUGGACCAAAUCAGAAUUCCGAGACCUGGAAGACGGUGGCCUGGAAAGAAAGUUCUCCCUGGAUGAUCUGCUGACCAACAUCAUGAUCUACUGGACAACAGGGUCCAUCACCUCCUCCCAGCGCUUCUACAAGGAGAACCUGGGAAAGGGCCUUAAUGUCGAGAAGCAUGAGAAGUUGAAGGUCUACGCGCCCACGGGCUUUGCUGCCUUCCCUUCCGAGUUACUCCACCUCCCAGAAAACUGGUUGAGGUCCAAGUACCAGAAGCUCGUCUCCUAUUCCUACAUGGCCCGCGGGGGCCACUUUGCCGCCUUUGAGGAGCCGGAGCUGCUCGCCCGGGACAUCCGCAAGUUUGUGGCGCUGCUGGAGCAGCAGUGAUGCCUGGGGGCUGGCCAUGGCCUGAGGGCAGCCCGGUCCCCAGGUCACUUUGCAGGCUCCCUCCUGGCACCUGCUCCUUUACACAGAAGCCCCCGGGCUCCCAAUGGCAGCUCCCCUCGGAGCAGCCUCCCCACCUCUCCCAGCUCCCCAGCCAAGAUACCCCUUUUCUUAGAAAUGAGUGCGCUUCCUUCCCCUGCCCUUGCUGAGACCCUGCUCAUCCCCCAGGCUCCACACCCACCAGCAUGGUAAGAAACACAGCUUUGAUAAUAAAUGAUUUUAUGUCUAACA